AUUGGACGGCUUCGCCCUGGCUCGGGAGACUUCCUCCUGGGCCGUCGCCGGCGACUUAAACUUUGGAGGGGGGGGAGAGCCACCCGCGCUGGGCGACCUCCCUUGCCCCCACCCCACUCCGCCUCCGGAUCCCGCCAUCCUAGGAUUCCUCAACCUGCCAGCCUUCCCCCCGCCCUCGGAUGCCUGCAUUCCUGCCACCAGCUCUCCACAUCUCUCGGAUCUAGGACCCGGGUCCUAAGGCUCCCUCCACCCGCCCCCACCCCCCCAGUCAGCCAGCCGGAUCCCGGGGUGGGCGGCGGGUCCGGGUCUGUUCCCAUGGCCGCCGCCCCCUCCCAUCCCGCCGGGCUCCCCGGCUCUCCCGGGCCGGGUUCUCCUCCGCUCCCCGGUGGCUUGGAGCUUCAGUCGCCGCCACCGCUACCGCCCCAGGCCCAAACCCCCGUCUCCGGGGUCUCCUUCCACAUCCAGAUCGGGCUAACCCGCGAGUUCGUGCUGUUGCCGGCCGCCUCGGAGCUGGCGCAUGUGAAGCAACUGGCUUGUUCUAUUGUGGAUCAGAAGUUCCCGGAGUGUGGGUUCUACGGCCUGUAUGACAAAAUCCUGCUCUUCAAACAUGACCCCACGUCGGCCAACCUCCUCCAGCUGGUGCGAUCGGCCGCUGAUAUCCAGGAGGGUGACCUGGUGGAGGUGGUGCUAUCAGCCUCGGCCACCUUCGAGGACUUCCAGAUCCGCCCCCAUGCCCUCACGGUGCAUUCCUACCGGGCGCCUGCCUUCUGCGACCACUGCGGAGAGAUGCUCUUCGGGCUGGUGCGCCAGGGUCUCAAGUGCGAUGGCUGUGGGCUGAACUACCACAAACGCUGCGCCUUCAGCAUCCCUAACAACUGCAGCGGGGCUCGGAAGAGGCGUCUGUCAUCCACGUCCCUGGCCAGUGGUCAUUCUGUGCGCCUGGGCAGCUCCGAGUCCCUGCCCUGCAUGGCUGAGGAGCUGAGCCGAAGCACCGCGGAACUCCUGCCUCGCCGCCCGCCUUCUGCUUCCUUCUACACAGGCCGGCCCAUUGAGCUGGACAAGAUGUUGCUUUCCAAAGUCAAGGUGCCCCACACCUUCCUCAUCCACAGCUACACCCGGCCCACUGUUUGCCAGGCUUGCAAGAAACUUCUCAAGGGCCUCUUUCGCCAGGGCCUGCAGUGCAAAGACUGCAAAUUUAACUGCCACAAACGCUGUGCCACCCGAGUCCCUAACGACUGUCUGGGGGAGGCCCUCAUCAAUGGAGACGUGCCAAUGGAGGAGGCUGCGGACUUCAGCGAGGCGGACAAGAGCACGUUCAUGGAUGAGUCAGACGACUCUGGUAUCAUCCCAGGCUCCCACUCGGAGAAUGCCCUCCAUGCCAGUGAGGAGGAGGAAGGCGAGGGAGGCAAGGCCCAGAGCUCCCUGGGGUAUAUCCCCCUGAUGAGGGUGGUACAGUCUGUGCGACACACCACACGGAAAUCCAGCACCACGUUGCGGGAGGGCUGGGUGGUUCAUUACAGCAACAAGGACACACUGAGGAAGCGGCACUAUUGGCGCCUGGACUGCAAAUGCAUCACGCUGUUCCAGAACAACACGACCAACAGAUACUACAAGGAAAUCCCGCUGUCCGAAAUCCUGGCGGUGGAGCCAGCCCAGAACUUCAGCUUCGUUCCACCGGGCACCAACCCACACUGCUUCGAGAUCGUUACAGCCAAUGCCACCUACUUUGUGGGCGAGACACCUGGUGGGGCCCCCGGUGGGCCCAGUGGGCAGGGGGCCGAGGCCGCCCGGGGCUGGGAGACAGCCAUCCGCCAGGCCCUGAUGCCCGUCAUCCUCCAAGAUGCACCCAGCGCUCCCGGCCGCGCGCCCCACAGGCAAGCUUCUCUGAGCAUCUCUGUGUCCAACAGUGAGAUCCAAGAGAAUGUGGACAUUGCUACUGUCUACCAGAUCUUUCCAGACGAGGUGCUGGGCUCCGGGCAGUUUGGAGUGGUCUAUGGAGGGAAACACCGGAAGUCCGGCAGGGACGUGGCCGUGAAAGUCAUUGACAAACUUCGUUUUCCCACCAAGCAAGAGAGCCAGCUGCGGAACGAAGUGGCCAUUCUGCAGAGUCUGCGGCACCCAGGAAUCGUGAACCUGGAGUGCAUGUUUGAGACGCCCGAGAAGGUGUUUGUGGUGAUGGAGAAGUUGCACGGGGACAUGCUGGAGAUGAUCCUGUCCAGCGAGAAGGGUCGGCUACCAGAGCGGCUGACCAAAUUCCUCAUCACCCAGAUCCUGGUGGCUUUGAGACACCUGCACUUCAAGAACAUUGUCCACUGUGACUUGAAGCCUGAGAACGUAUUGCUGGCAUCGGCUGACCCAUUCCCUCAGGUGAAGCUGUGUGACUUCGGGUUCGCACGCAUCAUUGGCGAGAAGUCCUUCCGGCGCUCAGUGGUGGGCACGCCUGCCUACCUGGCACCCGAGGUGCUGCUCAACCAGGGUUACAACCGCUCGCUGGACAUGUGGUCGGUGGGCGUGAUCAUGUACGUCAGCCUCAGUGGCACCUUCCCCUUCAACGAGGACGAGGACAUCAACGACCAGAUCCAGAACGCGGCCUUCAUGUACCCGGCCAGCCCCUGGAGCCAUAUCUCCUCUGGAGCCAUUGAUCUCAUCAACAACCUGCUACAGGUGAAGAUGCGCAAACGCUACAGCGUGGAUAAAUCUCUCAGCCACCCCUGGUUACAGGAGUACCAGACGUGGCUGGACCUCCGAGAGCUGGAGAGGAAGAUGGGCGAGCGGUACAUCACGCAUGAGAGUGACGACGCGCGCUGGGAGCAGUUCGUGGCCGAGCGCUUGGGGGUAGAGUCCGGCCUGGGCCUGCUCGCCGAUGCGGACCUCGGGGGCGCCCGUUUGCCGCAGGACCACGAGAUGCAGGGGCUGGCCGAACGCAUCAGCGUCCUCUGAGGCCCCCUCCACGCCAUCGCGACAAUGAACUGUUCUUGGGGGGUGUAGGAUGGGACAGUGUCCAGGGGGCCAUAGGCCACGGGGUGGGGGGACACGUUAGUCCCCAAGGCCGCUGUUGUCUCUCCAGUAAUUAAACAGGACUUAAUGUCUCACUGCCCCGAA